AUGUGCCCAGAUGAAGCUGCAGUGGGUUAGUUCAGUCACCCCACCCCAGCCAAGCCACAAUAACUGAUCAUGCACAGGCUGUCCUCCCACUCCAAAGCUCACCAUUUCUGCUUUAACCAGAAAUACCACAUUCCAAGGCUCUAAUCCUUUAGCUCACAGCAGCACAGGCAGCUGUGGGCUAAAAGCCACAUUAAACUCACUGGAGGAGAAGCAUUUGCUGAAAUGCUUUGCUGAACAAGGAUGAGCAACUGUGCUUGGGCUUUAGCUACACUUAAAACUCCUGUACAUCUUGGCUCUGGUUUUCUUUGCCACAUGGCAGCUGGUUACGUCCAAGAAUUCCUGGGAGGGAAAGUGACUGUAGAAACUCAGCUGUGCAACAUAUGCUCCAUCUAGUGUUUAUUCGUAGUAUUUAAUUUUCUUAAAAGGUUUGGUUUGCUGUCAACACAUAUUUCCAUCUUUUCUAUAGUUCAUAUGUCUAUAUAUGAUCAUUGUUGAAAAUAACCUUCUGCUUUUUCAGGUACACCAUUUUGAUCUAGCCUCCACUUACACCUUCAGUGAUGAUUAUAUACCUAUUUCCAUUUAGAGAUUAAAUAGAGCAAAAUGAAGGAAAAAUGUUUUAAAAGAGCAGCAAGGGUUUCCCCAGGUGCGCUGUUCACACCAAGUGAAUGGCAAACGUCAAGCAGGAGUAAAACAUAAAACCUGAAGGACACACAGGGGAACAUUUCUCCCCAUAAACGAUACUUCCCAGACAUGAGGGUACUGUGCUGAGCCCCUUUGCCAUAGACUGAAGUACUUUUUUGUCCUCUAUGUCGAGCCAGGCUGCUGGGGAAGGGAAGGAAAAUAAGCAGGUGACUGCCUCUUCACACCAGAGCACAGCAGCUGCUGGGAGCAAGUCCUGACAAGCAGUUUGGCAAAGCUCUGGAGCAAAAAUGACCUGGAAAUGCAUCCAGGUUGACUGCAAGGCAUCUUUGCAUGAUAGAAAAAAGGGACAGUGGCAACAGCCAUCAGGCUUGGCAACUGCCAUGUGUAUUUGGAAAGGGCAGGACUUGCAUGCCAAAUUUGCUUGUGGGGCAAAAUACUCCAACACACAGAGUCUCUUUUUACCACAUGCUGUUCCCUUAUUUGCAUUACUUGAGGGAGUUCCUGGUUCCUAAUUUGCUGUUCAGCUGAUGGUAAUGCCCUUAACUGCAAAAAGAAAAGCCAACAGCAGGCGGGACAAGAAGUCCCAAGCUCACAUUUUGAUAAAGAAGUAAAAGAAAAAAAGCCCAAACCCAUUCUGUUGUGUUAGCAGGACUGGUGAGGUGUUGGGAUGGGCUGCCUUGCAAUGGGCCAGGAUCUGCAAUGGCACAGACCUUCAGAAAAAAGUUGAACAUUCCCAUAGGAAGGCUUGGGCUGGCUGAUCCUACCUGGAGUGGUGGCAGCCUAAGCAGGCACACUUUUUUUGGGAGGAGGCCAAGAGGAUCUCAGCCCAGCUAAAAGGAGAGCUAGCAAGGAGCUAUGAUAGAAACAGACAGCCCUUGGACACUGCAACCACAGGGUACAAUCCCAGGCACAGAUUUAAGCUCAGAAACAGAGCUUUCAUUGCUGUGGAAAGCAGAAGGGGAACUGACAAUACGGCUUCCUUUGGCAGAAUGCCUUUAGGAGAUCCCCACAUCCCCUGCCUGCUCUUCCCAUGUGCCAGAGCUUGCAGCAGAGCUCCCCAAAGCUGUGCUGUGGCACUGGCACAGGUGAGAACGCAGCAAACUGGGAGCAGGCCCCUGUGUGGAGCAACCACACAGGCUCCUCUGGGGUGGCAUAAAACUAAAUACAUAGAAGGGGAUUUGCUGUAAUAGCACUGCUUGAGUAGACCCUCCAAUAAAUCACCUGCUGCAGGAUAUCUUCUAGGGCAGCACACAAACCAGGGCCACUUUGCAGAGAUUUAGGUCCAGUUUGCUGCAGAAAAUGAGAACAGCUUGCCCUAAUGAGGAAUGCACAACAUGAAAAAAACAUCUUCCAACUGUGUGUUUUGUGGUGCUUUUCACAGGUGAUGGUCAUGCUGCUCUUCCCCAUGCAGCUGCUGGCAGUGGCUGUCACUGUUUACCUAGAGCUGGUGAGGUCUGCUCAAGGUGGUGCCUACUAUGGGCUCAAGCAGCUGCCACCUCAGGUGCCCCAGUACCAACCCCUCGGACAACAAGUACCUCACAUGCCGCUGGGCAAAGAAGGCAUCCCGAUGCAGCACCUGGGCAAGGAGGUGCCCCGCAUGCCCUACGGGAAGGAGUACCCCCAUCUGCCCCAGUACAGGAAGGAGGUCCCGCAGAUGCCCAUGCUCGGCAAGGAUAUGGCUCCCAAGAAAGAAAAAGAAAUUCCCAUGCGCAGUCUGAGGGGUGAGCAAGGUCCCCCAGGUGAGCCUGGACCAAGAGGGCCACCAGGGCCACCAGGAUUACCAGGUCAUGGUGUACCAGGAGCCAAAGGAAAACCAGGCCCGCAAGGAUACCCAGGAAUUGGAAAGCCGGGUUUGCCAGGGAUGCCAGGAAAACCAGGGGUCAUGGGGCCCCCAGGGCCAAGAGGGGAGAUGGGGCCAAAGGGGGAGAUUGGGCCCAUGGGGAUACCUGGACCGCAAGGACCACCAGGGCCUCAUGGGCUUCCUGGGAUAGGGAAAGCGGGUGCUCCGGGACUGCAGGGGCAACCAGGGCCAAAGGGUGAGCCUGGGAUGAAGGGACCACCAGGAAUCCCUGGGAUCCCAGGGCCAAAAGGGGAGAAGGGGGUCGGGAUCCCAGGUUUGCCAGGUCUGAAGGGUCCACCUGGGCUGCCUGGUCCCCCUGGCCCCGUGGGACUGCCAGGGGUGGGCAAACCCGGCCUGGUUGGCUUCCCUGGCCCACAGGGACCCCUGGGCAAACCCGGACCCCCAGGAGAGUUGGGUCUGCAGGGGCCUCCAGGGGCCCCUGGGAUCCAAGGCCCUCCCGGCCCGCCUGGUAUUGGCAAACCAGGCCAGGACGGCAUGCCCGGCCAGCCCGGCUUCCCGGGCGGCAAAGGGGAGCAGGGAUUGCCAGGCCUGCCCGGGCCCCCCGGCCUCCCUGGGGUUGGGAAGCCGGGCUUCCCCGGGCCCAAAGGGGAGCGAGGUGUGGGUGGUCUGCCUGGGCCCCUGGGGCCGAAGGGGGAGAAGGGGCACGCGGGGCCACCUGGCAUGGGAGGGCCACCAGGGGAGCCCGGCCAGCCAGGACUGCCGGGCAUCAUGGGCCCCCCGGGGGCCGCUGGUUUCCCGGGACCUAAAGGGGAGGAGGGUGCCGUAGGGUCACCAGGACCAGUCGGCCCCAAGGGGGAACCCGGCCUGCAGGGUUUUCCAGGAAAGCCAGGCUUUCCUGGGGAAGUGGGUGGCCCUGGGCUGCGAGGGCUGCCGGGUCCCACGGGACCCAAGGGGGAAGCCGGACACAAAGGCUUGCCGGGGCUGCCGGGAGUCCCGGGUCUUGUGGGGCCUAAGGGUGAGCCCGGGCUCCCCGGUGCCCAGGGGCUUCAAGGCCCCUCGGGCAUCCCGGGCAUCGCGGGACCCAGUGGUCCCAUCGGCCCCCCCGGGCUGCCAGGGGCGAAGGGGGAGCCAGGCAUGCCCGGCCCCCCCGGCUUCCCUGGGGUAGGCAAACCUGGUGCUGCGGGGCUGCAGGGACCCCCGGGAAAGCCUGGCGCGCUCGGUCCUCCUGGCCAGCCUGGGCUCCAGGGGCCACCCGGCCCCCCCGGGCCGCCAGGUCCCCCGGUCAUCAUCCCACCCACUCCACCAGCCGUGGGACAGUACCUACCUGAGGUGGGGCCAGGGAUAGAAGGCUUGAAGCCCCCCUACGGCUACAAGGGCAAGAAAGGCAAGGCUGGCGGCAUUGUCUACGAGAUGCCCGCAUUCACGGCAGAGCUCCUCACGCCGUUCCCCCGCGUCGGGGUACCCGUGAAGUUCGACAAGCUCCUGUACAACGGCCGGCAGAACUACAACCCCCAGACGGGGAUCUUCACCUGCGAGAUCCCCGGCGUCUACUACUUCGCCUACCACCUGCACUGUAAAGGCGCCAACGUGUGGGUGGCGCUGUACAAGAACAACGAGCCGCUCAUGUACACCUACGACGAGUACAAGAAGGGCUUCCUGGACCAGGCUUCGGGUAGCGCCGUGGUGCAGCUGAUGCACGGAGACAAGGUUUACGUUCAGAUGCCAUCCGAGCAGGCGGCAGGACUCUAUGCCGGGCAGUACGUUCAUUCGUCUUUUUCAGGGUAUUUAUUGUAUCCCAUGUAAAACAAAACAGACACACACACACACACACACAACACACACACAAAAUAAAAACCUUUCUCCUGUGCUUCUAAUUUUUACACAACAAAAGACGCAUUUUAUGACCAUUUUGGACCAUCUUGUACAAAAACAAAAAUAACAAAUACAAAGUUUAACAUUAUGCACAGCUAGUUAUAAAAAAAAGGUGUGGUGAACAUAUCUAAAGAUGUGUAUCAGGUUCAUAAACAGUUGUUUUGCACCCAAGGGGGACAUAUUAGCUGUACACAUUAUAUAUUUCCGCAAUGCCAUGCUUACUUAAUUUCAUUCACAGUAAUUCAGUACUCAAAUUCAAAUCAGUGUAUGUCACUCACUCCUGUUGCAUUGAUCAUAGUUAUGAGAUGAAAAACAGUGACUUAAAGCAGAGUAGGUCAGUCUCUAAUUAUAUUUUUAAAAAAUCGAGUGGCUUAUUUUCUGGGUGGGAGUUUUCUUGGAUUUUUUAUAGCAGGUCUACCUGACAAGUAAAGGUUUCCUUAGCUGGAGACUCGUAUUUCCCUUCCCCUGUAAUAAAAUAAUCCUGCACGUGUGGGUUUUUUUCCUGAACAAUUUAUUUAUGAUGAAAGAGGAAUCCUGAUGGCAUGACCAUUCCCCCUGAGCCUUCUCCAGCAGGACCUAAAAUGUCACUAGUGACUCCGGCAGGCACUGGUUUCACCUCCAAAUGCCACAGCACUUGAAAAGUCUCCGUUCUCUAUUCACACAGCCAAGUAGAUGAGGUCAAUCUCCCCCAUUUACUUGAGCCACGUCAUUGAGACAUUUUGGCCAACACACGGUAAUACUUCAGGGUGGCAUAAAUUUGCUUGGAUUUCUGUGCUUGUACCAAGAACUCACUUGGCUUGUCAGAAGAGACACGUAUUCUGCCACUCAGCAAAAGCUGACUCAGUUUGCUCUUCAAUGACUAGGCAAAGCAGAAGCAGCUCUGUUUGCUUGACUGAUUUGUUGCUUGAGAACAACUAAUAACUUUACCGGCAAUACUGAUCACACAAAUUUAUCCGAGAACUUGGUUCUGUCUAAAAACUGAUUUCCAAUCCUUACUUGUAUGUUACCAGUUGUCAAGGAGAACCUGCAGGCCGCAAUACUUUUUCUGUACUUGAGGACAUCGACUUCUGUGCACGAAGUCUCUGUCUGCUCAUCAGUGGUGCUAAUCUCACCUCAGCAAGUGUUCUUUCCAAAGGGCAGUGGACCUUGCUCUGGUUUCCUGUACAGUGCUGCACAUCACACAAGGCUGCGCUAGUUCAAGUGGUUAAGUGCUCAUCACUUCCUCAGUGUCUUUAACUACCGCUACUGCUUUUGAUUCAAAAAUAAACUAGAUUUUUUCAUGCAGAACUAAGAUUGGAUUUAACUGGCAUUAUCAUUAUUUAAAUGCAGAGUUUAAUGCAGUCUAACAUUGACUAAGGAUUCCAGUGAUAUAAUGUGGUGCUUUAUCUCAGAAAUUUUAUGGAACAGUGGCAGGAAUGGAUGGACAGUUUACCAGACACUGGUGACUUCAGUAUGUUCCCAGAAUAUAUGAGAUAUGUCAAAAGCAAAUAAUUUUUGUAUUUAAAAUUUUUGUACUGAUUUGAAAGAAAUAUCUUAUUAAAUAUCUUUAAAAAUAAGACCAAAAACCAAUUCUGUCUUCAUUCAGAACUAUCAGAAGGAACAUUCAUCCUGCUGAACUCAUUUAUCAGACCACAAGGGCUCUCUGAAACCACUGAUAUAGGGGGGGAAAAUUAAGAGAUACACCCUUUUCUCUAGUUCCCAUCUCCUGGCAAAACAUGCUCUAAGAGAGGGAACACGUCCCAUUUGGUGGGAGGGCACAGCAGGGUCUGUGGGGUACACAAAGAGGGAGGGGCUCCCUCAGGCAGUCCCUGGGGACAGAUACUGCUCAGCAUGAGCCAACAUGGGAGUGCAGCUGAAGAAGGCCGAGGGGCAGCCAAGGAAUCAGCCACAGAGGCUGCUGCUAAGGGCUUGUGUUGCCUGAAAAGGCAGUACUGGCUGCCCAGGAUCAGAGGUGCUGGCUCUCCUGAUGUGGCUUCCCCACCUCACCUCAAAGACAAGCAUUCUGUCCAAGCUGGUGAACUCCUGAACUGUCCUUACUGAAAGCAAUGCACUGAAUACCUACUGUGCUAGAGAAUUGUUAUCCAACUCUCCCUUGGACUCCCUGAAGCCCUCAGCAUCUCAUUUUUACUGCACAAAGGAAAAACAGCUAGCGAAGUACUGCACUCUCAGUAUCUCUCACUUUCUAUCUAAAGCCAUUUUCACUUUCUGAAAAUUUGUAUUGCACACUAUUGUCUUUUUUCUGCAUCUCUUGUUUUAGCAUUCCCCCGCCAGCCCACAGUAAGACAAACAAGAUUCAAAAUACAAUGAAAAAUUCGAAUCACAAGGAUGCUGUUCUUUAUCUUACCCACAAAAAACAUGUCUCAGCUAUGGCUGUACUCAGCCUGGAGUUAGAUCUCUAGCCACAGUACAACUCUGCCCACCUAGGUUCAAAAACUUUCAGCUGUUUGCUCUACAA